CAGCUAUUCCGCAGGUGUGACUUUCAGAAAAGGGAAAUUUGGUGCGUUAUUUUUCAAACCCUUUUUUUUGUGAUCGGAGCCCUUGUCCUCGCAGUUGGGAUUUAUGCAGAAGUUGAAAGACAAAAGUACAAAACUCUAGAAAGCGCCUUUCUAGCCCCAGCAAUUAUUUUAAUACUUUUGGGCAUUAUAAUGUUCCUGGUAUCUUUUGUGGGUGUGCUGGCUUCUUUAAGAGACAAUUUAUGCCUUCUUCAAGCAUUCAUGUACAUUCUCGGUAUCUGCUUGCUGAUUGAGCUGACUGGUGGAGUGGUGGCCCUGAUCUUCAGAAACCAGACAAUCAACUUUUUGAACGAUAAUAUAAGAAGAGGGAUUGAGAAUUACUAUGAUGAUUUAGACUUCAAGAACAUCAUGGAUUCUGUUCAAAAGCAGUUUAAGUGCUGCGGUGGGGAAGAUUAUAAAGACUGGUCACAAAAUGUGUACCACGACUGUGCGGCACCGGGACCGCUGGCCUGUGGCGUGCCUUACACUUGCUGUGUCACAAAUAAGACGGGGAUUGUCAACACUAUGUGCGGAUACAAAACCAUUGACAAAGAGCGGUUGAGUGUUCAGCACAUUAUAUAUGUCCGAGGGUGCACGAAUGCGGUGCUUAUUUGGUUUUUGGACAACUACAGCAUCAUGGCUGGCGUGCUGCUCGGCAUAUUGCUGCCCCAGUUCCUGGGAGUGUUGUUAUCCUUGCUUUACAUAACUCGGGUGGAAGACAUCAUCACCGAGCACAAACUGAGCGACAGACUGUUUGAAGAAGCGCAGCCGAGAUCUGCCCCCGAGUUUGCUGGAGCCGGCUGCUGCAUGUGUUACCCGGGGUGA